AUUUCAUGAUUUCAUCUCCGGUGGCGGUGAGGAAUUUGCCAUCACCGCAACCAUCCAGUUGUCAUCUAAAUAAUGCAAUGCAGGGGCAGAGUACUUCGGGGUGUUCUCCUCCUCGGUUCUCAUCGCAGCUUGGUAGGUUUUAGCAUUAGCCAUAAUAAAGGGAAGGGACUGAGUCCUCCCUAUAAAGUUUUUAAUUCUCCAAAUAAUCAGUAUAUGCAGGUGGAGAACCUUUCCCUUCCCGCUAUCGAGGAAUUCUUGGAAAGUGGAUAUCAAGUUGAAGAAUACCAAACAACAAAGAUGGCGACAUCACCCCUGUUUGGGAUGCCUAGCAUAACAGCAGGUUCGUCUAUGUUAGACUAUGUGGCAAUGCCAAAUUCGUCCAGGUUAUCUGCAAUAAGUGAGACAUCUUCUCAACAGACCCAGGAGAGGGACUUUUAUCAGGGUCCCUCUGUUUCAUCAGCCUCAUUAUCACAACAGGAGAAGCAGCAGCAGCAGCAGCCACCUCAACAACACAACCUAAUUAACCAGAGCCUCAUGGUUCCUCUUCCUGUUGCUUCAGAACAGGAGCAAGACAGUGGACUUCAAAUGUUGCACCUCCUCCUUGCUUGUGCGGAAGCAGUAUCAAAAGAAGACAACAUGUUAGCACGAAAAUACCUGCAUCACCUCAGCAGAGUUGUUUCUCCUCUUGGAAACCCCAUGCAAAGAGUCGCCUCUUGCUUCACCGAAGCCCUAAGCACUCGCCUCGCCGCUACCCUAACCACCACAUCAUCCUCAUCAUCUCCAAAAUUAGCUUUCAAUCCUGUUUUCCCACCCAAACUCCUUAGAAAUCCUCAAAAUCUACCAGAUCGGCUACCCGUGGCCUGCUUUCGUGCAAGCCUUGGCAGCACGGCCCGGUGGAGCCCCGUUCUCCGUAUAAACGGUGUCGGACCCUACAUAGACGCCUUAAGAGAAACGGGCCUCUGUUUAACAGAUCUCGCCCAUUCUCUCAACAUCCCUUUCGACUUUCAUCCCAUCGGUGAACAGCUUGAGGACAUAAAACCCCACAUGUUCAACCGCCGGAUGGGUGAGGCUUUGGCCGUCAAUGCCGUCAACCGCCUCCACCAUGUUCCUGGAAAUAGCCUCGUAAGCCUCUUGGCCAAGAUCCGUGAUCAAGCACCGAAACAUUGUCACCCUAGUGGAAAGAGAAGCCAGCCACAACGGGCCAUACUUCUUAGGGCCAAGGUGGAGCAGUAUAUAUUUGCGCCAGAGAUGAAGAAUAUUCUGCCGUGUGAGGGAGCAGAGAGAGUGGAGAGGCAUGAGAGAUUGGACAAGUGGAGGAAGCUAAUGGAAGCGAAAGGGUUCAAGGGGGUGCCCCUGCGUGCAAAUGCUGUUAACCAAUCCAAGAUAUUGCUGGGACUGUAUUCGUGCGAUGGGUACAGAUUAACUGAAAAUGGUUUCUUGCUGUUGGGGUGGCAAGAUACAUAGAGCCAUUCUUGCUGCUUCUGCAUGGCGAUGCUGAAACUGUUUAAUGGUUUUUACUGGCCUGUGUUAGCAUUU